AUGUUAAACUUUCAGGCAUUUGAAUCAACAAACUUUCCUGAACUGGUGGUAGUUGAUGACCAUUUACAGGAGACUGAAGCUGGGCCAGGACAAGAACAGCAAGCAGAUGCAUUGUCAUAUGUCCAGCUGUUUGAAACUGAAAUAGUAACAGUUGAUGACUCUGAUGAUGAAGGUGACAAAACCAUACCAAUGGAUGUUGAUAUCAGUUUGCCAGAGUUAUUAAUAAAGUUACAGUCACAGGUUGCCCUGGAGAAGAUAACGAAAUUCAAUAUCAACAGAAACCUUGUUUUAGAUGGUGCUCGGAGAGCCAUCAAAAGGAAAUCCUUCUGUGCUAAAAGCAAGAUAAGUGUGAAGUUUACGGACGAUGUAGGAAUCGCAGAAGGUGCCAUAGAUGAAGGUAGACCAAAAAGAGAGUUCUUGAGAAUGCUGAUGAAAAAGAUCCAAUACCUGCACAUUUUUGAAGGUCCUGAAAACAGAAGAAUUUUGGCCUAUAGUACAUCAGCCCUAGAAGACAAUCUGUACAGAGAUGUUGGAUUAUUCUUUUCCCUAUCCAUUGUACACGGAGGACCAUCACCAAAAUUCCUUUCUCCAGCUAUGUACAAUGCGUUAGUGGGACAAGCUGGAGAAAGGAAUAUUGAAGAUAAAGCAGAUGGUGACUUGAGAGGAGAAGUUCAAAAGGUAGUAUUUAGAAAGUAUUGGAUUGAUAAUAAGAAUUGUUAUAGAAAAUAG